UUAAAUCAAAUGCCCUAAUUAAACUGUUUAUUUAGCCAUAAACACAAAGGAGAGAAUUCUAAUUUGAGAUAAUUUCAAAAAUGGCUGCGAGGAACAUUUUGUGCAUGUUUGGGAUUAUUGUAUACAUAAUAGGUAAUGCCGAUGCAGCGUGUACUUACACAUUUUCUGGCAGCGGAACACAAAUCUAUACCUGUCAUGAGUACUACAGCUUGUCUGCGGGUGCAAUAGCGGGGGCGGUGAUUGGUUCUCUUACAUGCCUCGCCCUCAUCAUUUACUGUAUUGCAUUCUGUUGUUGGAGAAUCAGGAAAAGUUCCGAAGGUUCAAAGACACCCGGAACAAUCCAGAAUCCAUCCAAUGUUAGCGUGGUAUCUGGUGGAACAGGCGAAUUUUCAAAUCAAGUGAUGCAGAAUCCAAAUCAACAAAAUUACCCAAUGGCAUCUCAUGGUGGCUCCCAUACAUUGCGCAUGCACACCGGAUAUGAUCAGUGAUAAAUACUAUUUUGCUUGCUGCAAUUUUUAACUUUGUG